AUGAGGGACGCGGCUCGGGCUGCGCCCGCGCCUGCCAGGCUUCCCUUACUCUGUCUGUGCCUGCUGGCCGGCUGGGGCGGCUGCUGGGGCCGCCUCCGGCGCCCUGCCAGCCCGCCCCGGGCGCUCUGCUUCUACGGGCAGGUGCCCGAGAACAGCCCGCCGGGCACGUGGGUGCAGGGGCUGCGGGUGCCGCUGCGGAGGCUGCAGCUGGCCCCGGGGCGGCCGCCCGAGGAGUGGGCUCUGGAGGGCGACGGAGCCUCGCACUUCGCCCACCAGCUGCAGCCGGCCAAGGAGCGCUCGCGCUCGCGGCUGCUGCUGCUGCGCACGGCCGAGCGCCUGGACAGGGAGGCUCGUCCGCGCUACAGCCUCUGGCUGCGGGGCCCCUCCAGGGCGGCGCUGCUCCGGCUGCGGGUGCUGGACCGCAACGACCACCGGCCGCGCUUCCCGCCGGGGCCCGCGCGGCCGCUGGAGGUGGACGAGCUGUCGCCGCUGGGCGCGGAGGUGGCGCGGCUGCGCGCCCUGGACGCGGACGAGGGCGCCAACGCGCGCCUCACCUACCGCUCGUGGCCCGGCGCGGGGGGCCGCCGCCUCUUCGUGGUGCCGCGCAGCGGACAGGUGCUCACCGUGGGGUCCCUGCUCGGCUUGCGCCGCCUCAGCCUCUGGGUCUCGGCCCAGGACCACGGGCUGCCGCAGCCCCUGCGCAGCCCCGCCAGGCGCCUCGAGCUGGCCGUGCGGAAGGGGGCGAGCCCAGCCCGGCAGCCGGCGCAGGGCGGAUCCCUCGCCAAGCCGCGCGGCGCCCGCUCCGUCUCCGCGGCCCCCAGUCCCGUGUACAAGGUGCGCAUUCCCGUCGGAGCGCCGCCCGGGGAGCCCAUCUUCACCGUCCCGGACACGCGCUACCAGGAGGCCGGCGGCAGCUGGUUCGAGCUGGCCGCCCCGGGCUCCUUUCCGGUGGAGCUGGACCGGGGCUCCGGCCGGCUGUCCCUCAGCCGACAGUUGGAGAGGGGAGGCCGGACCGAGGUGAUGGUCAAGGUGCACCGCCUAGACGGGCAAGACAAGGAUUGGUAUUUGUGCCGCGUGGUGAUUGUUGCUGUCGAAGAGGAGCCCAUCUCUUGGGGAAUGUAUCCGUAUCCCUAUCUGGCCCGUGUUGACCCCGAUGCCCGGGCAGGCACAUUAGUCUAUCAGCUUGUUGCCCAUUACAGUAGCAAUGAAAAUUCCAGUGCAGGCAUAUCCUAUGCCCUGAUUGCAGGUAGUGAGGAACGAUUUAAUAUAGAUAUGGAUGCAGGUGUCAUAAUGACAACAGGAUUGCCUUUAACUUUGAACCAGGAGUAUGUGCUCACUGUGCUCGCCAUUGAUGAAUAUGGGGGCAAAAGUCCGUAUGCUUUCAUCUCUAUCCUAGCUGGCUCCAGGCCUCCACAGUUCACUAAUAUGUCCUACAGUGUGUUUGUGCCUGAAAAUACUCCAGCAGGUGAAAAAGUGGCUGUUAUUGAAGCAGUUUCUUUCCAAAGUCAGCCGCUCUCUUACAGUCUCCUGAUGAAUCCCAGUGGCCUGUUCAGCAUGGACCAAGAGACCGGCCAUCUCAGUUUGACCCAUAUGGUGGACUUCGAGAGCGAACAUCAUCUUUACCAUUUUUUAGUAAAAGCUAUGGAAACAGAGAGCUUGCUCAGCAGUGUAAUUGAGGUCGUGGUUCAUAUCACAGAUGAAAAUGACUGCUCCCCAGAAUUUCAGCAAUCUAUCUAUAGCCAUGAAAGUGUUCUUGAAUCAGUUCCUAUAGGCACAUCUCUGUUGCAAGUUCUUGCAACGGACUGUGACUCUGGCUCCAAUUCUGAGAUCCUUUACUUCAUUCAGAGCACGGACUUUUCCAUCACUCCUGAGGGAACCAUCAAUUCCAACCAGCGACUGAAUUUUGAGCGCUCAAACCACAUGUAUGAAUUUGUGGUCAUUGCUGUAGACAAAGGACAUCCUCCUCGAACAGGGACCGCAUCAGUGCGCAUUCGCAUGACCAACGUUAAUGAUGAAGCCCCGGUGUUCUCCCAGUCCAUUUAUAGAACUUUUCUCUCAGAAGAUGCAGGCCCUGGUACUUUAGUAGCUACCAUCCAUGCAAAUGAUCCUGAUGGAGAUGGAGUGUUGUACUUGAUUACUGGUGGAAAUGAAGAAGGCAAUUUUGAAUUGGAUAGUCAUAAAGGGAUCCUGAGACUUCGCAGAAACCCUCUGCCUAAACUGAAGGGCCCACAAUAUGUUUUAAACAUUUCCGCAAUAGAUGACAACUCCUCUGGUGGGGCAAGAUCACUCAGCAGCUUUGCUGAAGUUGUGGUAGGAAUUAAUGACAUCAACAACCACAAACCUGUAUUCAGAGAGUGUGCUUACUACAGCGACAGCACUUGGGUAUUAGAAAACCAGCCACCAGACACUUACAUUCUGCGGGUGGAAGCCUACGAUGCAGAUCUUGGAUUAAAUGGAGAUGUGAAAUAUGGCCUCAUGCACAGAGACGGGGCUUCCCCGGACUUCACUAUUGAUCCUGAUUCAGGCAUUAUCACUACCAUGCGGAGCUUUGACCGAGAGAAGCAGAAGGAGUAUACUCUGGUUAUAACAGCUACAGAUCAAGCUCAGGAACCGCUGAUUGGUGUGUGUCAAGUCACUGUCUUCAUUGCUGACAUGAACGACAAUGAUCCUAAGUUUGAGAAUAGCCACUAUCAAUACUUCCUUCGUGAAGACACCCCCAUCGGAACCAGCUUCCUCCGUGCCACAGCUCAUGAUGAGGACCAAGGGCUGAAUGCUGCCAUCACUUACUCCAUGUUACAGCAGGAGCCAGAAUACUUCAAAAUCAACCCCAGCACAGGCUGGGUGUAUGUGAAUCACCCUAUCUCCCAGACAUUUCAGAUAAAUAGAUACAUCCUGGCCACAGAUGGUGGGAACCGAACCAGCACUGUGGAGUUGACGGUCACUAUUACUAAUGCACUUAAUCAGUCACCACAGUGGGACAAAAGUGCCUAUUUUGUGACAAUCCCAGAAAGUACUCCUCGUGACACCAAGAUAGUGGUCGUCAAAGCCACAUCCCCUCUGGGGGAUCCAAGGGUUACGUAUCACCUAGAAGAAGGACAAGUUCCAGAGACAAACAUGCCUGUCCAUUUUUAUCUCAAGCCAAACAGAGCAGACGGGUCUGCUUCACUUCUUGUGGCCGAACCCCUUGACUUUGAGACCACCACGUUUUUCAUGCUGAGCAUCAAGGCUCAGAAUGUAGCAACAGUUCCCUUGGCCUCCUUUGCCACAGUCUAUGUUAAUAUAACAGAUGUGAAUGAUAAUGUCCCAUUCUUCACGUCUUCUACCUAUGAAGUUUCUGUCCCCGAAGGAACAGGAAUUGGUACCUCUCUUCUGCAAGUUCUAGCUACUGAUUCAGACUCUGAUCUCCAUGGAGAGGUUCACUACUCUAUACUGAAGAACCCCAGUGACGACUUCCAGUACUUUGCCAUUGACCCCAGGUUGGGAGUCAUUUCUACCCAAGCAUGCUUUGACAGAGAGAAGAGAGGAUCUUACUUGAUUGAAGUUCAAUCUCAGGAUUCUUCUGAAUCGGCCAGGCCUGGCAUAUAUGGGCAGCCUAAUACAGAUACAGCCUAUGUGAGGAUUUUUAUCAGUGACAUAAACGACAAUGCUCCCGCUUUCCCACAUUCGGUGUAUGAAAUUAAUAUAGCGGAAGACAAGGAUGUUGGGUACGUUCUUUUGACAGCAACUGCAAAUGAUAAAGAUGAAGGCUCUAAUGCCAAGCUAAGGUAUCAGGUCACUUCAGGAAAUGAGCAAGGAGACUUUUAUGUGGAACCUGAAACAGGAAGCAUCUUGAUCAGCCAAGGCCUUGACUAUGAACGAGAGCAGCAUUAUGAACUCCAGCUGGUAGCCUCUGAUGGGAAAUGGGAGAACCAUACCCUUGUUAUCAUCCAUGUCCUCAACAAGAAUGACGAAGCGCCUGUCUUCUCCCAGGAUGAGUACCACGGCAGUGUCCUGGAGGAGCUUGCUGAUCUGCCCGUGGUUGUUUUACAGGUUUCGGCAACAGACCCUGAUGAGGAAGCUGACCAGAGUGCCCUUCACUACUCAUUGCACGGGCAAGGUGCCCAAAGCAAGUUUAGCAUUGAUGAGCGCACAGGGGAGAUUACUGCAAAUGAAAAACUGGACCGAGAGAAACAAUCCGUUUGGCGCUUCCUGGUCCUCGCUACUGAUGAGGAUGGCGAGGGUCUGACUGGCUUUGCAGACGUCAUUGUAGAAGUGGCAGAUGUAAACGACAACCCGCCUCUUUUCCUUUGUACCUCGGAUAGUUGCUUUAUAGGGCAGAUUCCUGAAAACUCCCCUGCUGACUCCACAAUCAUGGGGAUGUUGGCAGUAGACCUAGAUGACCCCAGAGCUGGGAGGAAUGCUGUGCUCACUUACAGCAUUAUUCGCAAUGUCCAAAAUGAGAUUAACCUCGACUUGUUCUCAAUUAAUCCAGUUACUGGCACCAUCUACACUGUGUUGGGAUCCUUGGAUAGGGAGACAGAAGACAAGUACCUCGUGGUAGUUGAAGCAAAGGAUGGAGGAGGUCUUAGGGGAACCGGGACUGCCACUAUUUUGGUGACUGACAUCAAUGACCAUCCUCCAACCUUUACACAAAAGAUUUAUACAGCCUUUGUCUCAGAGGGCGUGGGCCUCAACACUGAGGUUGCUGAGGUAUUGGCCACGGAUAGAGAUGAAGGAGAAAAUGCUGUGGUGACUUUCAGCAUCCUGGAUGGAGAUGAUGAUCAGAAAUUCUACAUUGAGACAGACAGAGAUGAUAAGCGUGGUGUGAUACGACUAAGGAAACAGAUUGACUUUGAGAAGCCCCAUGAAAGGGUGUUUAACUUGACAGUGAAAGCUGAGGAUCUGGACUACUCUAGCACAGCUCACUGUGUCAUCUAUGUGGAGGACUCCAAUGACCACGCCCCUCUGUUUUAUCCACAGUUCUAUGAAGUGGCUGGUCUGGCUGAAGAUGUCCCCCGUGGUACUAAAGUUGUUCAGGUUAUUGCUGUUGAUUUAGAUUCUGGGCUGAAUGGGAGGUUCUCUUUUCACCUGCUCAAUAGGUCCGACCCAAAUGGGAGGUUCUCUGUGAUGAACGAUGGCUGGGUCAUAGUGGCAGGACUGCUGGACUUUGAGGCUGUGGCACAGUACCAGCUUGUGGUCAUCGCUACUGAUAUGGGUCACCCUGCCCUGAGCAGCAGUGCUACUGUCCUCGUGACUCUCCAAGAUGUCAAUGAUAAUGGACCAGAGUUUGAUGCUCACUACACCCCAGUGGUUUGGGAAAACACACCUUCCCCUCAAGUUAUCUGGAUGAAUGAUACCUCAACAUUGCUGUUCGCGAAAGACCGAGAUAGCCCGGCAAACGGAGCACCGUUCUCCUUUCAUUUACUGAGUGACUUUGGCAGCAUGACUUACUUUAAUUUGCAAGAUUUCAACAACGGAAGUGCAAUGCUGACUGCGUUGCAUACCUUCGAUCGGGAGGUGCACAAAGCAUUUUUGCUGCAGAUUCUGAUUGUUGACAGUGGGAACCCUCCCAUGAGCUCAACCAACACGUUGACAGUUAAUAUUGGGGACCGAAAUGACCACCCUCAUGCUGCUGGCUUCAUGGAGUGCCUCAUCUACAGUUACAAUGGUAUCUUACCCACGACAGUACUAGGUCAGAUCAGUGCCCCGGAUAAUGAUGACUGGGAUCACAAGACGUAUCACUUUGAAGGGCAAGCACCCAGGUAUUUUAUCCUCAACGAUAACUCUGGCUUACUAAGUAUAAAGGAAGGAACUCCUCCGGGGACGUACGACAUAAGAGUAAAGGUUACAGAUGGCAUCUGGCCUGAUGUGGUCUCUACUGUAAAGGUGGUUGUAAAGGAACUCAAAGAAGACACUGCUCACAAUGCAGGGUCCAUCCGAAUAAGAGAUAUCACUGCCGAAGAUUUUAUAUAUCAGUCUUCUGAGAGUGAAAGUAAAUACAGUCAAAUGAAGAAGCUCUUUUCAGAAAUCAUACCAGCCCAACUUGAAAACGUCCACAUAUUCAGUGUCUUGAACAGUCCAGGGGACACACAGGGAACAGAUGUGUGGUUUGCAAUCCAUGGAUCACCCUACUACAAAGCUGAGAAGCUGAAUGGCAAUGUUGCUGUAUCGAAAGCACGGCUGGAAGCCAUCUUGAACAUCAACAUCACUCAGAUUGGCAUAGAUGAGUGUAUGACUGCAAACUGCUCCCAUGGCCCUGGAUGCAUCAGCAGAACUGAAUUCAGCCCUCUUCCCACAAUCACUACUUCUGGAAAUGUUUUGCUGGCCUCCAUUACGGUACUGAAUACUGCCCAGUGCAUUUGUGAAGCACGGGAGAGGAAGCACCAUUCCUGCUCUUCCUAUCGUAUAAAUCCAUGUUUUAAUGGCGGUACCUGUAUGGACACUGACCUAGGUUACAGCUGCAAGUGCCCUGUGGCCUUUCAUGGGCCUGAAUGCCAGCAGACACAGCACACCUUCAGAGGACAUGGAUAUGCCUGGUUCCCGCCCAUCAAGCCAUGCUUUCAGAGCCGCAUCUCCUUGGAGUUCAUUACGGAUGUGACUGAUGGCCUUCUACUGUACAAUGGGCCAGUGGUCCAUGUGAAGCCUGGGGAACUGGAAGACUUUAUUGCACUAGAGCUUUCAGAAGGUGUUCCAUCAUUAACUUUAAACCAUGGUUCAGGUGCACUGUUCUUGCGGCUGUCAGAGAAAGUCAACGUAGCUGAUCGUCACUGGCAUAACAUAAAAAUAAUAAAUGAUGGAAAGAAAGUACAGCUAAUCUUGGACCACUGUGUGAAUGUCUCACUUACAAAUGACAACAGCAUCCUGGAGAAAGUGUCAAAGGUGGAUCAAUCUGCCUGCAAAGUUUCUUCUGAAACUCCAGGAAAUGAAAGAUUUCUCAAUGUCUACCAGCCUCUCCAACUGGGUGGUGUUAAGAAGGCCCAGCCAUACCAUACGUCACAGAAGCAUUUCAGAGGGUUUAUUGGCUGCAUCCGGAAUCUUGUCAUCGACAGCCAGCUGUACAAUCUCGAGCACCCUGCAGAGUCCUUAAACAGUGCACCAGGUUGCUCUCUGACUGACGGAUUGUGCCAGAAAGCCAGACAACCCUCCUGCGGCAUCCAUGGCAAAUGCAUCAGCGACUGGGGGUCUUUUAAUUGUGACUGUUUCUCUGGCUACACAGGAUCAAGAUGUGACAAAGUUCUUCCAGAGUGGACAUUUGGAAAGGAUAGUUGGAUUCAUUAUGAACUGAAAACUGUGUUUAACACCUACAUCACACAUGCACAUCUUGCAGUACGGACCAGAAUGUCCUAUAGUACCCUUCUCAGUAUGGCAUCUUCAGAUGGAAGUGGAUACAUUAGAGUGGAGGUCUUUGGUGGACAUUUCGGUGUGAGUUUUAAUUUGGGAGAAAAGGAUUACAAUCUCCAGUUAAACACUGUGCGCGUAGACAAUGGCCAGUGGGCUGAACUAACUUUAGAGAGAUACCACAAUGAAUUUACCUUGCGUAUUGACUAUGGCGGAGGGGAUCAUGAGGUGUCGACUAUCCUGGGAUCACAUGGACAGUUUGAAAUGGAUCUGGCAAGCAUCAUGCUAGGAAACCACCUCACUAACUAUUCAGACAGUGAUUUCCAAGGCUGCAUGAGGGAUGUCUGGCUGAAUGGCCAGCCUCUUCUUGUGGAUGGCAAGAGUACUGAAUACAGCUUCAUCGUGGAGCAACAAGGCAUCACCAUAGGCUGCCAUUCCAGCUCUUGCAGCAGUCAGCCCUGUUACAGUCCUUUCCAUUGCAUCGACCUAUGGAGGAAGUACGAGUGCAGGUGUCCAGCUGGCAAAGUGGAAGUGACUGACAACCUCACAGGCCUUAAACAGUGCACAUCAUCACCCUGCGGACACUGGAACUGUAGAAAUGGAGGCACCUGCGUGGCCCAGUCUCGGGACAAAUAUGUUUGCCAGUGCCCUGAAGGCUAUAAAGGAAAAUGGUGUGAAGUCAGCCCUAUGAAAGCAGGAAGACCAGUGGGACUCAGCUCCGGUUCCAUCUUGGCUAUUAGCAUGUGCCUGCUUGUUUUUCUAGAUGCAUUAAAGAAAUCUCCACAAAGUAUAUCCCAGUUUACCUCACGAACUGCUAUACUACUCCUUACCUUACAUUCCAGAAAGCAAAGUAACCCACUUGGGAAUCCUGUACAGCUGAGUGAAUUGACUCCUUUGGUUACCAGUGUUACAGACUUCAAGCAUAAUGUGUCCCAAAUAAUACAGGAUCCAGACAAAGAUUUGCAGAGACUUCCAGCGGACAUGUUGCAUUUCUAUUACCUAGAGGAUCAGCAGUUUUUGAGUGGAAGUUUGAGUUCCUCAGAGAGCUCCAGCAUAGAUGAAGACUUAAAUUAUGAUUACCUUGAAGAAUGGGGACCGAGUUUUAUAACACUAAAAGAACUCUAUGAAUUUCCUACUCAACAGUUAGUUAUGAAACAUGGAGUUAAGAAGCAAAUACACUGCUGA